AAAAAAGAACAGGUUCUUAGAUUACCUGCGAAAACCCGGGACCUGGAUGAGAAAAACUUCUGACAAAGAGAAGAGAAGUUUGAGUGAACUCCCAGGACCCAGCAACAUUAAUGUGAUGGACAGCAAAGGUAGGACAUCAUGUAAUAACCAGGGACUGGAGAAAGCUAAGAAAAGGCCCAGUGUCUUAGCCCAUCUGCAGACGCCAUGGAAGUGGCUUGCUGACCUAAAAUGGAGAGGAUCGUAUGUACUCAAUGAGGAAACUCCAUAUAUUUCCUCCAUAACAGGUCACAAGGCAUCAGCACAGGAAGCCAAGAAAUGUCCAAGGGUCUCAUUAGCCAAGCUACAGGCACCUUGGAAGUGGCUUGCUGAUCUAAAAUGGAGAGGAUCAUAUGUGAGAGGAAAUUCCAGGACCCAGUACAUCUAAAGAGCAGCAAAAAGAUGAUGAGGGGGAACAUACCAUCCUACAGCCUGGUACGUCAUCUAAAACAGUCCCCCUAUCACUAAACUGCUUCACUGUCCACAGUAUACUUGGUAAAGGAGGUUAUGGCAAAGUCUACUUAGGAAGAGACAAUAUACGAAAAGAAUAUGUGGCCAUUAAAGAAACAAACAAGAAGUGGUUCACAAGAUAUGGACACACGUUCAUAGAGCGCCAUGUCCUCCAACUCUCCCACCAGUGCCCUUAUUUAAUCCAUGGCCUGGCAGCCUUCCAAUCACUAAGCAAUGUCUACUAUGUUAUGGAGGUGGCCACCAGAGGGGAUCUGAAUGACUUUAUCCUAAAGCACAGUCCUCUUGAUGUCAGAACAGCAAAAUUUAUCACAGCUGAGGUGGUUUGUGGCACACAGUUCUUACACAGUAAAGACAUUGUCCAUAGGGACCUCAAACCGGGAAACAUUCUUCUAACCCAGGAUGGCCACAUCAAAAUAACAGAUUUUGGCCUUGCUGCGAGAGAUGUAUUCCGGAAGACCAGAGGUACACCAGGGUACGCAGCCCCAGAACUUGUAAAGAACAAGGCACAUGGGAGAGGAGUGGACUACUAUUCCAUUGGCGUCAUCCUCUAUAAACUGCUAACUGGACGGCUUCCAGCUUACAUGAUAAAGGAUACAUAUUACCCAAAGUUCCUGACUCCUGACUCAAUAAACAUCAUAAGAGGACUGCUUUGUAAAGACCAGUUUCAGAGGUUAGGCGUUACAUGUAACAUCAGGACACAUCAGUUUUUUACAGACAUUAACUGGAAAGAUGUGGAAGCCAGAAGGAUGAGACCACCAGCAUACAUGACGGCAGGUCCUGCUAUGAUUUACCCAACUGCUGAAGAAACUUGGCAACUUGUGGAACAACCAUUGGAAAUCACAGCUAAAACUCACAAGAUCUUUAAUUAUUUUAGCUUUGUGUGUCCUGCAUGGUCGGAUUAUUAUCAUCCUAUUAUCAUUCAGACUGAGGACAAUCACAUGGGUAAAAGGCUAUUCAGGGCAUUCAGGAGAAAAAAAACCCUAAUACCCUAAACCAGAUCCAUGACAGUAUCUACUGUUACCUUAUUUUCUACCAUCUUUGCUGUCAAUAAAGGCUGUGUCUGCCACCAUUUGUAUAUGUGUUUCUUUAUAAUGAUGGUUAGGAAGCUGGGGACAUUACAACACUGUAUUAUAUUCAUGUGUCUAUAUGGCUAAUACCCCAAGUAUCCCAAAGGGAG